AUUUAGAUAGUGGGAGUGGCUCAUUUUGGUUGCAUAAUGGCUGGAUUGAUACAAUAUUUAAAUGAUGGCAGAGACUGGUUCAUUUGUCAGGGGAUCAUGAUAUUUGUUCACUUGCUGACCUCUGUCCUUGUCAUUGGUAUACAGCUCAUCAAUUAUGAGGUUCCUUAUGGCCGCUAUCACAAACCUGGCUCUCUCCUCUACUCCAUUAACUCCAUAUGGACACUGCCACCAAAGGUAGGUUGGCUAAUACAGGAGCUACCAGCAGUGGUAAUCCCGCUCUUUUGUCUCUUGAAUGUUGGUGGAGAUCAGGUGGGAGAGUUUAAUCCUAAUAUCAUACUACUGGGAAUGUUCCUGAUGCAUUAUUUAAACAGGACAUUUCUUUAUUCGUUUCUGAUAAACAGUGGCUCUAAACCCAGCCCCAUUCUAAUAGUCGCAUUCGCUUUUGUGUUCUGCGCAAGCAAUGGCUACCUACAAGCAAGAGCUCUCACUCAUUUCUAUCAUUAUGACAUAAGCUGGCUAUGGAGUCCUCAAUUUUUUGUAGGGCAUCUUCUCUUUCUGAUCGGUAUGGCCAUCAACCUUCACUCUGACAGUAUUUUAAGAAACCUUCGUAAGCCGGGAGAAACCGGAUACAAAAUACCAAGAGGUGGAUUCUUUGAAUAUGUAUCUGGAGCAAAUUAUUUUGGCGAGACAGUGGAAUGGAUAGGAUUUGCUAUAGCCUGUUGGAACCUUCCAGCAGUCAUGUUUGCAGUACUCACAGCAUCAAUGAUAGGAACAAGAGCAAUCAACCAUCACAAGUAUUACUUGACUAAAAUGGAGGACUAUCCUAAAGACAGAAAAGCAUUCAUACCAUUUAUACUCUGAUUAGGUUGAGAUUGGCUUUUUUUGUUAUUCAAGAGAUAAUAUAUGAUCAA